CCACUACAAAAUUCACCAACUCAUUCCCAAAACUAGCCGUUACUUUCUCAAAUUCUCUCUAAACAAACAGCCUCCACCUUCCUUUCUCUCUCUUAAAUCAAAUCCUCUGGAUACUGAGCAUUCACUGCCUUACCGUUCAAAGACUCAAAUUUUUAAAAUUUUUUCUCUGCUUCUAUUCCAAGAAGAAAGUCACGAUAACUGAGCACACUGAAAUUCUCCGUCUAUGGCUGCACCUUCAAGUAAGACGUCUAGCUCUCUAAUACCGAGCAGGCCAACUAACCCUAGAAGUUCAGAGGUUAACAACACAAUGAGAAGGAGUUUUAGCGGAAACCCAUUUGCUAAACCUUCGGUUAUUGCAAAUCAAAGGCCUGGCUUUAACCCCAACACUCCUGCUAACAGUCCUUCAGGUUAUCCACGAAGAAACUCUAUUGGCAGAGAAAACAUAUUAGUUUCACUGCGUGAUUCUGAGGACAAAGAAAACAGUAAAGAUCAGAACUUGAAACAAGAUAGAGUUAGAUCACCAGUUUCUUCAAAGGGUACGAAGAACUUCAUGUCUCCCACGAUCUCUGCAACUUCAAAAAUUAGUGCAUCCCCAAGAAAGAAAAUCCUGACGGACAGGAACGAGUCAAUUCGCAAUUCUGUUUCAUUUUCAGAUGGAAAGAGCCCUUUGAAGGAAGAUUUGGAUUUGAAGCCUCAAAAGGGUUUGAAUCAGAAGAAGGAGGUCUCCUUUGAUCCAGUCAUAACUUAUGUGGAGGACAAUGAAGCAUGGAAAAGUAAUGAAGGUUCUGAUUCUGUUGAAAGUUCCAGUACUAAUGAAGAAUGGGAUUUGUCAUCAGAAAGUGUUACAGUGGCAAAUGAUUGUGUUAAUCUUGAUCCAAGUUUUAAUAUUAGUCCACGAGCUUCCUUUUCUUUGCCAAGUCCUGGUUUGGCACCUCUUGAUGCCGAUCCUUCAAUGCCUCCUUAUGAUCCCAAGACUAAUUACCUUUCCCCAAGGCCUCAAUUUCUACAUUAUAAGCCUAACCCAAGAAUUGAACUGUACCUUAGAAAGGGAAGAGAUGGAAAGCAGCUUGAAGAUAGUUUUGCCUCUGAAAGUUCUUCAGAUACUGAAAUUACUGAAGAACAAACCUUGUCUGAUGAUUCGCAGAAAGAAUCUGAAGAUUCUUCUUCAAGCGAUGUGGUGGAACAAGAGGUAGAAGGAAAAGAGGAGGAGGGGGAGGAGGAGGAGGAGGGGACGCUGGUUGUGUCUGAACCAAGAAUGGUGGCUAAAUCAAAUUUCUUUACAAGAACAAAGUUUGCUGCUUUGCUUUUAAUCUUGGCUAGUGCUUGUCUAUGGUCUUCAGUUUCUAAUUCACCAAUAAUGGAUCCUUCUGUGAUUAAUAAUUUAAGCUUCUCUAAUCUUUAUGUCCCACCUGAAAUAUCACAGUACUUGAGAGAAAAUUUGGAAGGUCUAACUCAGAGGUUUGGGCAAUGGGUAUAUGAAUCUCUCUCUUACAUUUGUAAUGUGCUCAUCAGCUUAAAAGAACGGGAUAAGCCAAUUUCCUUGCAGUUUGCCAAUUUGACCACUUUGUUAGAGGAUAGCUUGGUUGAUAAUUGGCUUAUGGUUGAUAAAAGUACUUUUGGUGCAAAAGUUGAAUAUGAAAAUAAUGAAUUAGGGCCAAGAACAGAGGGAGAGGGUGAUAUUGAAUCAUUGGAGCUGGAGGAGGAUCAACCAAUUGAAGCUGAUGAGAACGUUGAAGAAGUUAUAGAAGGUGGAGAUGGCAGUGACAAAGAACAUGAAGAUCAAGAAACGAUUGCGGCAAAAGGCUACUUUGUUGAUGCCUCAGUAAAUCACAUUGUUCUGAAAUCUGAAGAGUUAAGCGUUGUUCCGCAGGCUGGGGUGACUGAACCAGUGGACCAUAUUGUUCCAGAAUCUGAAGAGUUAAAUGUUGCUCCGCAGGCUGGGGUGACUGAACCAGUGGACCAUAUUGUUCCAGAAUCUGAAGAGUUAAAUGUUGCUCCGCAGGCUGGGGUGACUGAACCAGUGGACCAUAUUGUUCCAGAAUCUGAAGAGUUAAAUGUUGCUCCGCAGGCUGGGGUGACUGAACCAGUGGACCAUAUUGUUCCAGAAUCUGAAGAGUUAAAUGUUGCUCUGCAGGCUGAGGUGACUGAACUAGUGGACCAUAUUGUUCCAGAAUCUGAACAAGUAGAUGUGACACCAAAAGCUGAGGUGAAACAACCUGCUAAUUCAACAAUGGAGGUGACCCAAGAAAUAAUUGGAUCUGCUGGUCACAGUGAUAGGCUGCAAAGUCAUACUGAUAUUGUAGACCAGGUAACUCCAGUCAAACAAGCUGCCAAAAUUCAGCUGGAAGUAUCUGAAAAUGAUGGGACUUCGGCUGAAACUGAGUCCACAAUUGCAGAGAACGUACAUAAAAGCUCAGAUUCAGAUGUAGACCAGACGGCUCCAAUCCAACAAGCCGCUGAAGUUCAGCUGGAAGUCUGCGGAACUGAUAGGAGUUUGGCUGAAACUGAGCCAACUGUUGCAGACAACAAACAUGAAAGCUUAAAUUCAGAUGCUGCAAUAAAUCCACAAAGUACAGAAUCAGCAGGGUUAAUGAUGGGAAUUUCCUUGCUUGUGUUGAGUCUAAUAUCAGUUGCUGCAUACAUUUAUAUGAAGAAUAGAACAUCCACCGAGCCAAAUGCUGCAAUCACAGUGAAUCAAGUGCAAUUAACCAAGAAACUUGAUCACAGUCCCUUAUCAGUGACCACAGGACACACAUUGCAGGAAAGGACUCCACCAUCAGCAAAUUGGCAGACAGAAGUUGAAACAAUUGGAGAGUCUUGUCCAUCAGAAAUGAGCAGUUUCCAGUACAGCUUAUCAUCUUUUAGCAAGCAAGCACAGAGCAGAACAAGUGAAGCUUGUAGCAAAGAAAGGAAGCCAAACAGAAAUACCAGAAGGGAGUCCCUAGCUUCAUCUGAGUACUCCACAGAGUCGCCUUCUUAUGGCAGUUUCACUACAUAUGAAAAAAUUUCCAAGCAAGGAAAUGCUGCUGAAGUGAUGUUUACUCCGGUUAGACGGUCUAGCAGAAUCAGAAACCAAGUCACUUCUCCGUGACACAUUUCUCUCAAUUGUGUAGUUUUAUUGUGAUUGAACCAAAUUUUAGAUUCUUAACUUGUAGUUUUCUUCAUUAUUUGUAGUUUGAACAGCUUCUCAGUUAGACUGACUCCACGCAGUUAAUCAUUAGCUUUCUGUUACUAAUGUAGUUCUAAUUAUUAUUAGUUCAAUCUACUUUGAAUUCUGCCUUUCUGUGA